AUGGCUGACGUUGUCGAGAAGCAGGAGGUGCCUCCCACUGAGGAAGAGCAUGUGGCUCCAGCCGCUGUGCCCGAAGACGUGGCUGCGAUGUUUGAUCUAAAGAAGAAGAAGAAAAAGUCCAAGAAGGUCAAAAAAGAGAAAAAGGACAAGUCGGAUGCUGCUGUGACAGACGCUGAUGUUGUGCCGGACGCCAUGUCGGUGCUCGUGCAGGACCCUGCUACGUACUCGUACAAGGACGAGCUCCUGGCUCGGAUCAUUGCCAAGCUGCACGAGAACAAUCCAGAGCUGACGGACCGCAAACGGCACACGAUGAAGCCGCCGCAGCUCAUGCGCGUGGGUACAAAGAAGACGCUGUGGGUGAACUUCCAGGAGAUUUGCCAGAUGAUGCACCGUAGCCCGGAGCACGUGCUGCAGUUUACACUGGCUGAGCUGGGAACGGAAGGCUCUAUCGACGGCAAUCAACGGCUGGUCAUUCGUGGUCGCUACGUGCCCAAGUACAUUGAGUCACUGCUACGCAAGUACAUCACCGAGUACGUGUCGUGCCAGAUGUGCCGCUCGCCCAACACGACGCUCACGCGUGACUCGGUCAGUCGUCUCUACUUUGUGCACUGCCAAGAUUGCGGCUCGUCGCGGUCGGUGGCUGCUAUUCGCUCGGGUUUCCACGCCGCUACUCGCGCCGACAGACGGGCUGCACGCAAGUAA